AUGAGUUCAAGCCAGAUGGACAAAUAUCAUGUUUUGCAUCUGGUUGGUCAAGGAUGCUUUGGCAAAGUAUACAAAGGAAGGCGCCGGCACACGGGCCAAAUUGUGGCCAUGAAGUUCAUAUCCAAGCGAGGCAAGCCAGAAAAAGACCAGCAACAGCUUCGCCUUGAAAUAGGAAUUCUGCAGCGUCUAGAGCACGAAAACAUAAUUCGUUUGUUGGAUUGGUUUGAGACUACCACAGACUUUGUGGUCGUGACGCAGUUUGCAUACGGCGAACUGUUUGAAAUUUUCCAGGACGACAAGCGCUUGCCAGAAGCGGAAGUCAGCAAUAUAGCUCGGCAAUUGGUCAAAGCACUGAAUUACUUGCAUUCUCAGAAAGUGAUUCAUCGCGACAUGAAGCCGCAGAAUGUUCUCAUUGGUUCCAAUGGCACAGUGAAGCUGUGCGACUUUGGAUUCGCACGGGCAAUGUCCAGUGACACAACCGUACUCACGUCUAUCAAGGGCACACCGCUGUACAUGGCACCUGAGCUGGUGCAAGAGCAGCCAUACGACGGUAGCGUGGAUUUGUGGUCAUUGGGCGUUAUCUGCUACGAGCUGUUUGUGGGGCAGCCACCUUUUUACACCAAUUCGUUGAUGGCAUUGAUCCGCCUGAUCGUGGAGAAGCCUGUGCGUUUUCCGGAGUCGAUGUCACAGACUUUCCGGUCCUUUUUGCAAGGUUUGUUGCAAAAGGACCCGAAGAUGCGGCUUGGGUGGCCAGAUUUGCUGCAUCACCCGUUUGUCGCAGACCCAGGACAGCUGGCAUCAGCUACUGACAGGGCGUCUGCAGCACGGCAAACGUCGCAAGCUAGCCAACAAGCUCCUGUUGCAAAGGGGCUGGAAAUUUUGCCCCCGCCCGAACCCUGGGAGAAUGUAGCGAGACGUCCGGAUGAGACGUCGAACUUCCACGGUGAUUUGCAAGUGCUGAAUGCAGCCUUGCGGACAAUCAGCCCGGAACAGUUCAGUCCUCACGGUCUUCUGCGGUUAGUGGGUUUGCUGGCGGCAUGGAAGGAGUUCCUGGAAUGCGAUGUGGCGACCUUGAGGUCAAGCAUGUCAUUGUUGAAGUCUGUGGUUGGUCUGUCGGCUACGAGCGCCGCAGGAAUGCCACUAGCCAACGGCGUGCAGGCCGGCGUUGAGCUGCUCUUGCAGAUCUUCGAAUCCAUUGCCAACAACGCGGACAUAGCAGAGUUGCAACAGACAUUCCAAGCGUAUGGAAUUGUGGCUGCGCUUUUGAAGUUUCUCGCCGGAGCUCCUGUUGAACAAGGAAGUGAUUCCUGCUCUCCAGCAAUUUCGUGCGCGCUCCAACUUUUGGCCGUGCUAGUGUUGCAUCACCAUUUGCUGGCUUACGAGUUCGUGCAGCGUGGAGGUCUGCAGAUGGUGGUCAGUCGGCGGCUGCUUUCCCCAGAGUUGGCCACAACAUCCAGAGAGGAUGCCAAUGUGGUCGUUGACGUCUUGGUGAUCAUUUCGCAGCUGGCUCGGCUGUCUCAGGACUAUUACCCACUGUUGCGCAGUAUGCAUCUGUGCUCGUCACUGCGAGACCUGCUCACGUGUGGCAAUGCCAACGUCCGGGCUAAAGCUUUAAACGCUGUGGGAAACAUGGUGCGGCAUUCCGACGAGUUCUACGACGGCAUGUUGCAGGACGGAAUCAUCCACCGACUGAUCGACCUUUGCGACGACAAUGACUCCGCUUGCCGCAAGUUUGCCUCCUUUGCUUUAGGGAACUCUGCGUUUCACUCUGACGCCCUCUACCGGGACUUGGCUCCAGCAGUCCCACGAUUGCUCCGAAGCUUGAUGCAGAAUGAGCAUAUUCUCAGGGAAUUUCAGGUGUAUCUAGGGGAACGGAUAUGA